AUGCUGGAGAAAAUGUUUCUAGUCAUCAUAGAAUGUGUCCUAGGGAGAAUCCUGUUGGAAGUGCUGGAAAGGAAUCAUCCGAGUUGUCCUCCGGAGUGUCCUAGAGAGAAUCCUGAGAAAAUCAGUCCAGUCAUUCUUCGGAGUGUCCUGGGAAGAAUUCUGUUGGUCGGUGCUGAAAAAAAUAAUUAUAGUCGUCCUCUGGAGUGUCCUAGAGAAAAUCCUGAUGAGAUUGCUGGAGAAAAUCCUUCUAGUCGUCCUUCGGAGUAUCCUGAGGAGAGUCCUGUUGGAAGUGCUGGAAAAAAUCGUUCUGGUUAUCCUUCGGAGAGUUCUAGAGAAAAUCCUGAUGAGAUUGCUGGAGAAAAUCCUUCUAGUCGUCCUUCGGAGUAUCCUGAGGAGAGUCCUGUUGGAAGUGCUGGAAAAAAUCGUUCUGGUUAUCCUUCGGAGAGUUCUAGAGAAAAUCCUGAUGAGAUUGCUGGAGAAAAUCCUUCUAGUCGUCCUUCGGAGUAUCCUGAGGAGAGUCCUGUUGGAAGUGCUGGAAAAAAUCGUUCUGGUUAUCCUUCGGAGAGUUCUAGAGAAAAUCCUGAUGAGAUUGCUGGACAAAAUCAUUCUGGUUGUCCUUCGGAGGGUCCUAGAGAAAAUCCUGAUGAGAUUACUGGAGAAAAUCCUUCUAGUCGUCCUUCGGAGUAUCCUGAGGAGAAUUGUGUUGGAAGUGCUGGAGAAAAUCAUUCUGGUUGUCCUUCGGAGUGUCCUAGAGAAAAUCCUGAUGGGAUUGCUGGAGAAAAUCCUUGUAGUCGUCCUUCGGAGUGUCCUGAGGAGAAUCCCGUUGGCAGUGCUGGAAAAAAUCAUUCUAGUGGUCCUUCGGAGUGUCCUAAAGAAAAUCCUGAUGAGUCUAUAAGUGUAGCCACAAGUGCCAUAGUAAUUAUCGCGAUGGCAGCCGCUUCAAUCGUUGCAAUGGCUAUAGCUGAAAAAGCCGUAGUAAUGUCGUAG